AUGACCGGCGCCAGAACCCCCACCACCACGGCCACCACCUCACUCGAGACCAACACUAGCGAGCUCCCCAUCCAAGAAUUCAUCCGCCGCCAACGCCUCCGCAACGACCUCAUCACCUGCAGCCCCAACCCCAGCCCUCGCCGCCGCCGUCGCGCCCUCUCCCCACCCCCACCCCCAUCCGUCAUCUACAACCCCCCUCCCACCAUCCCAUUCCUGCACCUCCUCCCAACCCUCCUCCUCCUCUUCCUCCUCCUCUCCACCCUCCACCACCUCCUCCGCCCCCAUCUCGACUCCCUCCGCUUCCGCACCGCCACCACCAUCAUCCCCCAACCCCUCCACCACCACCCUACCACCUCCCCCUCCCCACCCGCCCCCUUCCUCCACAUCCACCACCACCACCACGCCCACGCCCUCGCCGCCAACCAAUCCCUCACCCACCUCCUAACCCUCCACGCCCCCGUCUCGCACACCCACAUCCCCGCCCUCUCCGCCGUCCGCCACGCGACCUACCCCGCCGCCCGCGCGCUCGCCGCGCUGGAAGCACGACUAUCGUCUAUAAGCGGCCGCAACGACACUAGCAUUACUACGUCGGCAGCGGCGCGACGGGGUGUGGCGGGCGCGCGGGACGCGUUAAGAGAGCUGCAGCGGGCGAGUGAGGGGUGGGCGGCGGAGGGAGGAGGGCUGCUCGUGUUUAGUAGUGGUGAUGGUGAGGGAGAGGGAGAGGGAGAGGGUCGAGGAGGCGACGACGGUGGAAGGCGGGAUGGGGUGGGGGCGGCGUUGGUGGGGGGGCUGCGGGGGUUGAUGAUGCGAGGGCGCGGGCGCGGGGUGCUGGUGGAUGAUGGAGAGGAGGAGGGAGGAUGGGGAUCGCGGGCGUUGCGGGAUGGGACUGCCGCCGCUGCCCCUGCCGCGAGGAGGGACAGGUGGUGGUUGAAGGGCUGGACGACGCGCCCCCUGAAAGAGACGCGGGAGCCGCCGCCGCCGCCGCCGCCGCCGGGAAAACGACGAGGCGAUAUCGUCGACUGGCGUCUGCGCACGGCGUGUCAGGCGGCGGUUUUCGGGCAGGCGCUGGACGAGGUCGAGGAGAGGCGGGGGCCGGCGCAGCUGCGGCUGGCGGAGGAGGUGACGAGGGCGGUGGGGAGGGUGGAUAGGGCGGUGUUGGGCGUGUGUCGGGACGUGGGGGAGAUGCUGGGGCGGGCGGACCUGGUGUGCACGGACGCGCUGACGGUGUUGUGGAGAGAGGUUGCACCGCAGGCCUUAGCGUCAGUCACCGAUAUCGAGGGCAUUUGGAAGGCGAGGAUGGAGGCGGCUGAGGCGGCUGAGGCGUUGACCAAGGACUUGGAGGCACUGAUGGAUGAGGCCAAGGUGCAACGAGAUGGUAUAGAUGUCUGGAUGAUGUUGCUUGAGCAGGUCCCGGGGGAUUCUGUGGAAGAAAAAUGCCGACUGAAGGCCCCUGUACUUCCUCGGGAUACAUAG